AUCAUAGACUAGAAUAUUAUUGGCAUAGAGAAAAGAACACUACGAUUAUUGGUUGAUGAGCCAAUAUGAAAUCAAAACAAACUUAACAAACAAUGAGAAACCUAUACAAAGCUCAACGAGCCUACCUCAUCACCUCCAUCAAACCCACGCUCACCAGGAGAUGGAAGCCCUUGCUCCUCCUCGCGCUGACAGCGACCGCACUGGCCGUGCAUCGGCUCCUCGACAGACACAGCCACCUCGACGCGCUGGAGCAGCAGCUGCUGGCGGACGAGUCUCGCGUGGACCACCAGCUCAUAGGCGGCCUGGUGCGCAAGCGCUUCACCAGCAGUCUGAUGAAGCGCGACGUGGCGAGGAGUUUGAUCCACCAGAGCGAAAUGAGUGACGUCAUUCCGUUUAAUAGGACUUUUACAGACGUGCGCCACCCGGCCUGCCUGCCGCUCCGGUACGACGCGAGCCUGCCCUCCGCCUCCGUGGUGGUGAUCUUCCACAACGAGCAGCGGUCCACGCUGCUGCGCACCGUGUGGAACGCGCUGGGGGCCUGCCGCCGCGACCAGCCCUGGCAUGGGCUGGUGCGGCCGGGGAGCGGGGAGUUGGGCUACCCAGGCCAAGACCCGUCAGACCCGUACCUGUACGUGAAGGAGGUCCUGCUGGUGGACGACAACUCCACGCUGGCGGAGCUGGGCGCGCCGCUGCAGCGCUACGUCGACACGCGCCUGCCGCGCCGGGUCAGGCUCAUCCGACUGAAGGAACGCAUGGGCCUGGCGACAGCGCGCUCUGUAGGCGCAGCACAGGCCACGGGCUCGGUCCUGGUGUUUCUGGACGCGCACUGCGAGGGGCAGCGCGACUGGCUGCGUCCACUGCUGCAGCUCGUGAAGGAUGAUAGAACAGCGGUCGCCGUGCCCAAGAUAGACACGCUGGACUGGGACCUGAACUACUCUAUUGGGGAUGGUGAUCAGCUUGGUGGUUUCGACUUUGAAGGCAACUUUAUAUGGUUUCUGCCUGUUGGAAACAUGCGCCGUGAAAACAGAGAUGAAAUGCCAAAAAGGACUCCGGUGAUGGCUGGAGGCUUAUUCGCGAUGGAUCGCUCGUACUUCUUCGAGCUCGGCGACUACGACGACCAGUUCAAGGACUGGGGGGGAGAGAACCUUGAGAUGUCUUUCAGGAUUUGGAUGUGUGGCGGUUCAAUCCACAUGCUGCCGUGCUCGCGCGUGGGCCACGUGUACCGUAGCCUGCGCCUGGAGUGGCGCGUGCCGUGGUUGGACCAGCACCUACUCAACACCGCCCGGCUGGCCGAGGUCUGGAUGGACCACCACAGGGAGAUGUUUUACUUGUAUCAUCCGGAGUAUCGGAACAACCCAAUAAUCGGUGACAUCUCGUCACGCAAGCGUCUCCGGGAGAGACUCCAGUGCAAGAGCUUCCAGUGGUACAUGGACCAUGUGUACGAGGACCAGUUCAUGCCCAUGAAGGAUGUCAUCGCUUGGGGCAGGCUCCGCAACAAUGCGAGCGGCACCUGUGUAGAAGUGAGCGAGUUCAAUGCGCGCAUCCCCUCCACCUCCCUGCAAGCCUGCGCCACGCCGCUGCGGGGGCUGCAGGCCUGGUCGCUCACCGCCGCCGGCACCUUGAGGAACGAGAGGAGGUGUCUCACAACGGUGCAGGAGGUAUCUAAGACACUGCUUCACAUAGUAAAGGCGGUUGCAUGCUCCUACGAAGAUGAGCCAGAUGUUAACCAGUUCUGGCGCUACGAGCGCGGGCGGCUCAUCCACGAGUACCUGCACAUGUGUCUCCUGGCGGUGCAGUACGAGGACCACCAGCUGGCCGUGGCGCCGUGCGAUGACGCCCCGGACAUGAGCUGGAGCUUCGACUUCACGGGGAACCGCACGCUUGAGAAUUACGAUUUCUUUUCAGGCGAUUUGUUCGAGACACAGGACCAGCUGAGGAGCUUACAGAGUAUUAGAUGAUGAUCGGUGUACUUAUAUGAAAUGUGUUGUAGUACAUAACUUUCACGUCUUGCUAGUCCUAUACAUUAUUUAAUUCUUUAUAGGUAAUUAUAAUGAAGAUAUCUGUAAAUUUUUAUAAGUACCCACUUACUCAGAUAUAUUUUUUAAAAUGUUAUUUAUGUAGUAAAUAAAAU